CAUUACUUUUCGCAGUAAACUUUCUCGCAGUGUGUAUAGAAAAGUUAAACGACAAAAACUAAGAAAAUAUUAUAUUAGAAGAAUUUGUUACUUGUGCCUGUGGAAAAAAAGAACAAAGAAAAAUUAUUCAUAAUUUAAUUAGUUAAUGUUUCAGUAAAUGUUUAUUUUGUAAAAUGCAUCACAUUUUGGUGUUUUUGUUUCUUUUAUCGGGCACUGCCAACGUACUUCUAAUUAAAUGGACAAAUACACUGGAGGCUGAAUGCAAUGACGGCAAAUUACGUUUUUUUCAACAUCCGGUAUUCCUAACGAUGAUUAUGUUUGCCGGAGAGCUGGUUUGUUAUGUGAUAUUUAAGUGCAUGUAUUGCUUUUUGCGACGUCGUGGUGAUGGUUCUGAAAUUGUAAACUUUUUUACUAAUGGUGAUCAAGAUUUUCGUCCUAGUAAAAUGUUUUAUCCGGCAUUUUUACAUGGUAUUGCCUCCAUACUACUUUUCAAUGGACUUUACCUGACCUACGCAUCAAGUUUUCAAAUGAUAAGAAGCUCUUGCAUUAUUUUUGUGGCCUUUGCCAGUGGCAUACAAUUUAAUACAACUUUAACAGCGCGUCACUGGAGUGCUAUGUUGUCCAUUGCGUUGACUGUGUUCUUUAUUAUUAUAAAUGAUUUGCAACGAAUUCGUUACGAUCAAAAUUCCUUAAGUCACAUUGAUUUUAAUGCGGUUUUAUCCGCUGAAUUGAUGAUAAUAUGCGCCGGUGCCUUUGAAGGUAUUCGGAUGGUUUACGAGGAAAAGUAUAUCAAAGCCAUUAAUAUACCACUUAUGCAAGCGAUUGGUUGGCGUGGAAUAUUUGGUUUGCUGACUACAGCAUUGUGGGGGGUAGGCAUGAAUUAUCAGCCAGCUAUAAUACCAUUCAAUGAUAAUUCAAGAGGUGUUUUCGAUGAUUUCAUGGACAUAAGCAAACAAUUACAAAGUAAUCAUUGGAUUAUUGUGGCGAUAUCAAUAUUUUUUAUAGCUGCUGCUGUUCACGGUUAUACUGGUUUAUGUAUUACAAAAUUCUCUUCCAGUUCAAAUCUUAUUCACGGUGAUUGUUUACGAACGUAUGUGGUAUCUAUGAUGGUGCUAUUAUUACGUUGGGAGCAACUCAAUUUCAUAUCAUGGCUUUGCUUUAUAUCGUUGCAAUUUGGCAUAAUGUCAUAUCGUAGAGCCAUUCUUAUGGAAUGGUAUCGUAAAAUAUUAUUACGUCUACAACGUAAUCGUUAUAAUAACAUGUCAGGUGAUAAUACAAGGGAUUUAGAUGGCAAUGCAGUACCUACGAAUCGUCAAGCAGAUGUUAUAUAAAAUUGUUUGUCUUAAAAUGUCAUAUCAGUUUUAUCAGUUUUAUACCUACCACUUUGAUAUAAGGUAUAUAUGCAAAUAUAUAUGGACUAAUUGGAGGCUUUACGAAAUUCCGAUCGUAAACUCUGAAAUACUUUACGAUCUUAAAAGCUAAUAUAGAGAGCAGCAAGUAUUUGGCUCAAGUCGAAUUUAUAAAUUCAUGAUACGAUUUGCUCGAAAUAAUCAAAAAAAAAAAAA